CGCUCCAGAUCUCCGGAGAGGGCCACAGUAACACGUCUGCAGAGGAGAGAGCAGGGAAGAGGAGAGGAGAUCUCACACACAAGCCGACUGAAGGCCGGGGAAGAGGACAGAAGGAGCUGAGACUUCCAUGAAAACAAAGCCGGCUGCAACAUCUGGAGCAAAGCGCAGGAGAAGUGAAGUCGGACAUACGAAACCCCGCAGCGCGCACGGUCCCCUCUCAGUCUUCCUGCCUCCAACAACCUCCGACAACUUGAUCAGCAUUCCCCCCAAAAACUCGAGAAGAAUGCACAGACUUGGACACAAACACUUGGUUUAAAUAGUUUUAAGCUGCAGAGACGCGCUUUUACAGUUCUCACCAAGGCCAAGGCUUUGCGUAAAAGUCGAUCUAGAUAGUGCCCGAAAAAAAAAAGUGCAUCGGAUAUUUAUAUCUAUUUUUACACAGAUAAUGUUUUGACAAACAAGAUAACAUCAUAGCAGCUUUCACAAGGAAAACAGCACGUUUUUGAGAGUUGUUUUUUUGAGAGAGUGAAGUGAUGGCACCGGAACUGACAUCGAUCCUGCGACUGCUGCUGGUGGCGCUGCUGUGGGAGCCGCGGGCGCGCGGGGCCGCGCACGGGGCCGCGCAGAGCCAGUUCAACCCAGAGUCAUGGCUGCAGCAGUACGGUUACUUGCCCCCGGGGGACUUGAGGACACACGCCCUCCGCUCCCCUCACUCCAUCACCUCAGCCGUCUCCGCCAUGCAGAAGUUCUACGGGCUCACCGUCAGCGGCACCUUUGACGACAACACCAUCAAGGCCAUGAGCCGGCCACGCUGCGGCGUGCCGGAUAAGUUCGGAGCCGAGCUGAAGAGCAACCUGAGGAGGAAGCGUUACGCCAUCCAGGGCCUGAAAUGGGACAAGAACGAUAUCACUUUCUCUAUACAGAACUACAGCCCGAAGGUGGGGGAGUAUGAGACCCACGAGGCCAUCAGGAAGGCCUUCAAGGUGUGGGAGAGCGUCACCCCGCUUCGCUUCCGGGAAAUUCCUUACAGCUACAUACGGGACAAGGUGGAGGAGUUCGCAGACAUCAUGCUCUUCUUCGCAGAGGGUUUCCACGGCGACAGCAGUCCCUUCGAUGGUGAAGGGGGCUUCUUGGCACAUGCCUAUUUCCCCAGCAACGGCAUCGGAGGAGACACCCAUUUCGAUGCAGCAGAGCCGUGGACCGUGGGGAACAAGGACCUGUACGGUAACGAUAUCUUCUUGGUGUCGGUGCACGAGCUCGGUCACGCUCUGGGACUGGAGCACUCCAACGACCCCUCGGCCAUCAUGGCUCCUUUCUACCAGUGGAUGGACACGGACAACUUCCAGCUUCCUGCUGACGACCGCAGAGGCAUUCAGCAACUCUAUGGGUCUGGAUCGGGCCCCCAACCCCCCCCUGUAACGCAGCGUCCGCCCGACCACGAACCUCAGCCCACCUAUGCACCAGACCAGCCUCGCUUCGGCCCCGACAUCUGUGAUGGAAACUUUGAUUCCAUCGCUAUCCUGAGAGGAGAAAUGUUUGUGUUCAAGGAUAAGUGGUUCUGGCGAGUGCGCCACAGCCAGGUGCUGGAUGGAUACCCCAUGCCCAUCGGUCACUUCUGGAGAGGCCUUCCCAACCACAUCACGUCUGCUUUUGAAAGAGAAGAUGGGAAAUUUGUUUUCUUUAAAGGGGACAAGUAUUGGGUCUUCACCGAGUCCGUUCUGGAUCCCGGGUUCCCCAAAAGUCUCAAAGAAAUGGGCACCGGCGUUCCCAAGGACCGGAUCGACGCCGCUCUCUUCUACACCCCGACCGGACAGACGUACCUCUUCAGAAAUAACGAAUACUUUCGUUUCAAUGAGCAGCACCGAACAGUUGAACACGGCUAUCCUAAACCCAUUAGCGUUUGGCAAGGUGUACCUGACAACAUCAAGGCGGCCUUCAUGAGCAAAGAUCAAGCGUACACCUACUUUUACAAAGCCAACAAGUACUGGAAGUUCAACAACCAGAUGAUGCGAGUGGAGCCGGGAUACCCCAAGUCAGCCCUGCGUGACUGGAUGAGCUGCCCCAACGAGGACUCCAAGACGGACGAGGGAAGAGGCGGUGGCAGGCACGACAAGGACAAGGAGAGGGAGAAGGACAAGGAGCGGGAGGAUAGGGACAGGACUAGAGAUAGAGAGGUCGACAGAGAGAGGGAGAGGGAGAGGGAGAGAGAGAGGGAGAGAGAGAGGGAGAGGGAGCGAGAGAGGGAGACGGAGACAGAGAACGAGCCAAAAGAGGUGGAUAUGACCAGAGAUUAUGUAGCAGCGGCUGUGGUGGUUCCGCUGUUCCUGUUAGUGUGUGUGAUCGCCACGUUGGCACUCCUGGUGUAUUUCCAUUGGUAUGGUACCCCACGCCGACUCCUGUACUGCAAAAGAUCUCUACUGGACAAGGUAUAGGUGAGGAAAGGAAGCAAGGAAGGAAGGAAGGAAGGAAGGAAGAAAGGAAGGGAGGUGAAAAAAAAAACAGGGCUAUAAAGAGGAACAAAACUGAGGGAGAAUGUUGAACCCAGAUAACAGAGAAGGAGUUAAAAAGGGAGAAAAAGCAGAUGGAGAAGUGUGAGACUCGCGUUAUAAAGUAUUCUUGCCACUGCCAGAUUCAUUUAACUCUCUCUAACCACUCGAUCCUUCCAUUUUCUUCUUCUUCUUCUCCCUUUGUCUCUGCCUCUCCUCCUGUGGUAACUGACGCCAGCUCAUUGCUGUUUGUUGUAGUGUUUUUUUCAGUGUCUUACUUUUAGUUGUUUGUUUUUUUUUUUCCAACGGUCAGUGUUUUUAUUCUUGUGUGAAUUUCCAAUUCGAACCUGCGUCUCCACAAACGCGGAGUCCAGCGUUUUCCUUUUUGCGUAAACAGUGUUUUUCAUCAUCCAUCCCCCCCCCGUUCCCCUUAAUUCCCUGUUGUUAACUUUAACACAAACACACACACACACACACACACGCUUGAAAACCACGAGUGACAUAGUCACCGUGUUUCUCAAUCUUCCAGGAAAAGGAACAUGUCAGAGCCAGUUUGGACCAUAAAAGGGAAACAAAAACUUCAGCUUUUAAACCUUUACGAAGCAUGAGAUACACUCCUAUCAGAGUAGAGCAAUAAACACAGCAGUGCCUUUUGAUUUCUUAAUCCUAUGUCUUUAAUGUUGAUUAUUGUCAUAAAUGAUGUUGUCAUUAGUAUUAUGACUGUUACUAUUAUUGUUGUUGUCCUCCGUGUAAAGAAUGUUUUUGUAUAUGGUCAUUAAAACGUCCUGCUGGACAGAGACAUACAUUUUUUGAAAGUGGCCUUAAUUUUAUAUUUGUGGGGACAGUGAAUGGGGAAAGGGGUUAUGUAUUCUUGAAACUUGAUUGUUUUCUUUUUUUUUUUUUUUUUUUUAUACAUUGAAUCAAUCACAAAUGAAAAUAAAUUGAAGAUCUGAAAAUGACUCCUUUUUUGUCAUUGCACUUACUUUUGUACUUGAAAGGUUUUUAAAUUGUGGUGCUACGUUACUAGUCAGGGGUAAUAAGUAGUUCAGCGACGACAAUAAUACUAGUGAUGAUGAUAAUAAUGAUAACCAUCUAGUUUCAUCAAUGAGAUUGUGUGUUCAUGUUUUUCUUACAAGAAUAAAGUAAUUUCAAAAGGCUUUCUGUGCUUUGAUUUUCCCUCAGUUGAUUGUUUUUCCUCUUUCUGCCACCUUAAACACUUCCCCAUCUCUACCUGGAUGUUGUUCUUACUUUACCAGCUGUUAUCGAUCCAUCCUGCGUCUCUGCUAUCGGGUCUUCCCCAAUCUCCCUGGACCUCCAGGUUUCUUGUUCCCCGACCGCACCACUCUGCCUUACUAGGCCUUACUCGGAAGCUGGCGGGGCCCCGAACUGGGUCGGAAAAUGCGGACUGGAUCCAAAGCUUAAGUAGAAACAGGGAUGAGGACGAUUGUGUAAAGCCAUUACUGCACAGCAGGAAAACAUCUCAGCUUCAUAGUUAGGGAGAGAGUGUGUUCUCGUGUUCACCGGCCUCUCCGCCGGGCCUCGGUUCUGGAGUCUGAAGAAUGUUUCACCAUUAUCUCGGUGGGGGGAUGCUGUAAAUGCAAGUCCGUACUAGUGCACGGCCAUAAAUUGCUUUAUUUGUGCAUCGGGGAGUGCGUGUGUGUGUGUGUGUGUGUGUGCACUCCCAUCCAGCAUAAGCCAAUAAAAGCUCAAACAGCAAACUUUA